AUGAGUGAGGGAUCCCUACGGAAUUCCAGUUCUGAAAGUCAGAAACGAUAUUGGCUACCUACAGAUCGUUUACUAUAUGGUGUCAUUGUUAAGGCUUUCUUACCUUUAAAGAGACAUCCAGAACUAUUGUAUGAAAAUGGUGAAUUUUCCAAUAUAUACCCGGGGGCAGAAGUUUAUCUCUUUGAAGAAACAGUUGAUGGGAAAUGGUGUAGAGCAUAUUUAUGUGCGAGACCGUUGCCUGAAGAAUUCAUUACCUUUGUAUCAUCUGUUGAUGAUAAAUUACCUGAUGUGAAGCCAAGGGUUGUUAUUUUCCCAAGAAAGAUAUGUAACGUCAACAUGGAUAAAGUAGUAACUACAAUGGCCUUUUCUAAGUUACCAGAAUUACAUGACUUCGAUUCCAUGGUAAGUCCUGAAUGUACUGCACCUUCAUUGUAUGAAAGUCUUUCCACGGUGAACGUUAAUGCCGUGACGUCAAUCUCCAAUAAGAAACCAGCAAGGCCAGGGUUCCCAUUCUUUAGAUUUCAACAAAGACCCUUUAUCGAAGAAAUUGGUCCCAUUUUGGCAUUAAUAUCUUCGCAUGUGUAUGCCAUGUAUUCAGCAGGUGAGUUUACAAUUUAUGAAAAACUGAUCGAACUUUAUUAUGAAUUAGAUUCCAUCAGAUUGAGAUUACAGUUUAACCUCACCACUGAUUCAGAACGUAUCACAAUUAUUAGGACCUCUACAUGUCUUUUGACAAGAAUCUCAAAAUUUAUUUCGUCACAGGGUAGAUCCAACAGAUUCUUUUUAAAGGAUGCUCCAGCAAGUUCAGAUCCAUAUGGGUUUGAAGGUAUCUUUUCCCGUGAUAUUAAUAAUGGUGAACUUCAAGAAUAUGAUACUACGGGUUUACAAAAGUUAGUAGUAAGCUCCAUGCUUUACGGGUUGACUAACACUUUUCCCGUCAUGGAUUCUAAUAUCCUAGAUCCAAUUGUUCCCACGAAGGAUUUAUUCAAAGAAACACAGUCACAUAUUUUAAUUGAUUUCAAAGAUGUUAUUAGUGACCCUUCCAUUAUCAAUCCAAAAUUUGAAAGUAUGACUGCCUCCGUAUACUUAAGAACCAAAACUAAGGUACUUACAGAACCAUUUGUGGUGAAUAUUUAUUCUGAUCAUAUCACAUCUCUUGAUAAUAUUGCCUCAGUUCUUUUCAAAUACAUAUCCACAAAUAUUAUUGAGCAUGAAAAAAUAUAUCUGACAGUAAUUCUGACUGAGGCCCUUCCCGUAAACACCAGCAAAGAACCAUCGAUGAGUGAAUUCAAAAAACCUUUUAUUCCAUUUAAAUCGGAAAAGGAAGGUAGGAUUAAAAGUGUAAGAUGUGGGGUAGCUGCAGGAAUUGUUGAUAUAUCCGCCAUUUUUGCUAAAACUAACAAUACGACAAUUCAUGAUAGUGCUCACACCUUCACAAUCCGUCUGUAUGGAUCAACUUUUGACGAUCAGUCGAAAGCUAAUGCCGACCAGGAAAAAGGGUGGGGUGGAUUAAUAGACAAGCUCUUGAUGAAUUCUAAAAAUGGUGUUGUGGUUAACCCUCGAACGAUAUCACUCUCUGUCACAGUGAAGGAAAUACUGGGAGAAACUGCAUCGACACACAUUACAAACUCCCCAAUUGUAGCCAUAAAGACUGUGCCAACAAACUUUUACGACCCUGUCUUUAACCCUAAGGAAAGAAUUCAAUUAACUUUGGGGAAAAUUUCAUUAGUUGGGUUAGAAGGCAAAACGACAAACAUCGAAAACAUCACAGUUCAAAUAUGUAGUAAAAAUGAGAAUGUUUCCUUUGGGAAAUCUACUGGUGACAAUGGAUUUGAUCAUUGGAGAUUUGUGUCUGUUAGCUCUGGCGAAUUUAUUGGAGAAACAGUUAUUGUGAAUGGUCUUGAUAAGAUGAAGGAGAAAGAAACCUUAAGGAUACUAAUUUAUUUGAAUGGGUUUCUGAUGGCAAAAUCCAAUAUAUAUAUAAAGAAAGAUAACGAGGUCAUAGAGUAUCCAGAUGGAACAACCUUCCAGUUAUUAUCGUCAUUGGGAAAGCCUUUAUUAUAUUUGGACAUAAUGACAAAAUAUGAAGGAUGUACUUAUAACACAGAUCCUGUGAUAAAGAAGUUCAAUUCUUUGUUAAAAGAAAAAGAUAUGAAUGAUCCAAAAUUCCCAGAACUUUGUAGAAAGGUAACGGAAGAACUUAACAAUGUUACAAAGGCUCAACUAUUUAAACAUUUUGAAGAACUAUUAUUGAACUAUCUAAAGCUUUUAUCUCUGAUUGAUGCAGAUGCAGCAGGUCCUGCUAAUGCUGAUAUAUUUGCAGUAUUUAUGAAGUUCAUUUUUAUUACACUGACCUUUGAGGAGAACUGUAGGUUCAAAUUCCACCAAUUGUGCAAACGAUACCAACACGAGAAAGAGAAGUUACCAAGCAUCGGCCCCAAGAUACUUUUUCACAUGAAAAGGAUAUUACAGGAUAGGGAGCAUCGCUCAAAUGAAGUAAAUAACAUGUCGUAUCAUGUUUCGAUUUUCUUAUUGCUAAUAUCUGGUAUCACGUCGGAAGGUGUGGAAAAUGAAUGGAAAGUAAACUUCGAAUCAUUUUUUGAGUUCGUAUGCAAAUUUCUUGAACUAACUGAUGAAAAAUACCUAAAUUAUCAGAAAGCUUUAUUACGGGCAUAUGACUAUUGGAUAGAUACUCUACCAGACUACUACAAUAGCGCCGAAAUCAUUAGUUUUACCUCCCGACUAUUUAAAAGUUGUCAAGAGAAGGAAAUUAAACUAAACAUCACUAAUGCAAAGAUUUCUUCAGAAAUGGAGGAGUAUUUGACUACAAAAUUUCUCUUGCUACGCCGUUUACUUUCUCAUAAACAGAUUUUAUGUUUUUUAUUUGAAGGGAGCUCGAUGGAUGACGGAAAGGUAACAUUCUUAUCAGAGUGCCUAGAGACAUCAUUACAGCCAUAUUUGAUAUACACAGAUACGGAACUUCAGCUUACUCCAAUAAGACUUGCUAACAGUGUAACAAUGAUGUUACUAGAAGGCAUUCAAGAUAAGAAAGUAUUGAGAAAUAUAAUACGAUUACUUCCAACGUACUGUAGGUUUUUUAUUUUAAUGAGAAAGUAUUGUAAAAAAUUCGAUAUGUUUAAAUCGAAGAGAACUUUUACUAAACUGUUUCCUGUGGAAACACCAUUUCCAAAAAUACCAAUGGACUCUAUUGUCAACGAUGAGCAAGUUGUUGAAGUACUGUUAGAGCUUGCAACCAUUAUAUCUCAAGUUGUGAAAAUUGCGCACCAAUUAUACGACAAGGAAGCUUCAUUCAUUGACAUAAUCCAGGAAUGUAAAGACGAUAAAGAAUUUCAAUCAAUAGUUUAUCUCUCUCAUAUGAAGGAUGAACAUGUAUUAACAAUUACAAGAACAAUCAAACUUUUCAUGAGAGGUGAAUUUUAUCCAACUAAAAAAUGGCUUGGAAUAACUGCAUUACUGGCCAGAUCUGCACUAGGUAUGUUAAAUUUAUCGCGACAUUACAUGUACUUCUACAAUAGUCCUGUAUCACUCCCUGAGAGAAAGGGUGAGCUGAACAUGAAGUUAUGGGCCGAAUAUUUUAAAUACACUUUAAUGAUAUCUAACCAUAAAGUUUCUACCUUAGUCAAGUUGGCAAUUAUUCCAAGAAAAGCAAUUUAUCGUAUAGCGUCAAAUCUGAAAGGACGAACAUCAGAAUUACUGAAUGAUGCAUGGGACGCUUUGGGUCGCGGUCAGGAAAGUGCCACUCUUUCACAGAAGUUUGGUGUUAUGGGUGUCAGUGAUUAUCAAAGGAAUUUAAUCCUAGACAAUCUCGGAAUCGUUAGAGAUUUGUUUAUCUAUGCCUUUCACAGACAUGUCGAAUCGACCAAGAUUAGUACUAAAAUAUUUUGGAGUAUCGCAGUUAACUUUUGGCUUGAAUACAGAUCGCUUCAACCGGUAUUAAAUUUAUUUAUACCAGAAUUGUACAAUGCUUAUCAAAUUGGAAAGUUAUAUGUUGAUGAUUAUGAAUUGAAUCGAUUCAUUUCAUGUUUGUUUUAUAUUAUUCAUAUUCCACCAGAGGAUAAAGUAUACCCAUUCGCCUUAAAUUUUUUGAAAGAAAUGCUUGGUUUCUUACAUAUCAUCAGUGAAACAUUUAAGAUUCCGAAUCAGGAAGAAUUUGAUGAUGAUAGAACUGCACGCCAUAUUGAAAUGUUUGGAUUUUUGCUGGAUGCCGAAAGGCCGGAGCUCUUCCACAAGAUGGUUAACGACUUAUAUAUCCAUUUUGUUCAAAAGAAAGAUUUUGUUCAAGCAGGAUUAAGUUUAGAACUAUUGGCUAGCACCUAUGUAUGGGACCCUAAUGAUUAUUUGCCACCGUCACAAUAUCCCCCAAUGCCAGAACAAUCUUCAUUUGAGAGAAAAGAAUAUUUGUUUAAAGAAGCAGCAAGAAACUUCGCAAGAGGUUUAAAGCUAGAAAAAGCAUUAUCUGUCUAUAAAGAUUUGAUAAAAGCUUAUGAUGAAAUCAAUUACGAUUUGAACGGGCUUGCAUUUGUUCACGAUCAAAUUGCUCAGAUAUACACUGAUUUGCAACUUAUUGAUAGAUUGGUGCCAACGUAUUUCAAAGUUUCCUUUUUAGGUUUUGGUUUUCCCAAUUCAUUGAGAAACAAGAAGUUCAUAUUCGAAGGGUUACCAUUUGAGCAUAUCACGUCCAUGCAUAAUAGAUUAUUAAAGAUUUAUCAUGGUUCAACCAUCAUUCAAACACAAGAAGAAGCCGAUAAUUUGAUAUUAAACCCACAGGUGGGAAAAUAUAUCCAUGUUAGUACUGUGGAGCCUAAAUCGGCCCUGUCUGAAGAAUACUCGACCAGCAACAAAAGUAUGUUAAACAGUAAGAUUCGAAUGUACAUUGAGAACAGAGAUUUAAAAACAUUCAGUAGUUCAAGAAGAUUACCUGGGUCGACAGGCGUAACAGAUUUAUGGGUAAUCGAAUAUACUUAUGAAACUGUAUCUACUUUCCCAACAUUGAUGAAUAGGUCCGAGAUAAGAACCAUUGAUAAAGUAAAGUUAUCUCCACUGGAAAAUGCCAUGAAGUCCUUACAAACAAAAAUUCAAGAACUAUCAGGUCUCGAAAAUACAUGUUACAAAGUACUUAAAGGAGGAGAAGAUUCUACUACUAUUUUCAACGAAUUAUCAAGAAAUAUAACAGGAACCAUAUCAGCUCCAAUUAACGGUGGGAUCGCUCAAUAUAAGGAGUUUCUACAACCGGAAUUUAAAUCUACAUAUUCUCCCGAAGAACUUUCCAAGUUAGUAUCAGCAUUUGACGAGUUGACCAUUGUUUUGAGUAGAUGUCUCGUCUUACAUUCAGAAUUGAUUCCAUCUAGACAAUUUAAGGCAUCCCAUGGCAUUUUGAUGGAGCUUUUCGAAAAGAAUUUUGCCGAUGAGAUCAAAAGAAACAACAUUAAAGCAAGCAACAUGACUUUAGACUCCAUAACGAAGUCAUUCUCUGCUAGAAGCUCUCAAAAAAGUAUCACCAGUCGAAAACCAGCCCUCGUUAAUUGGGAUUGCAAUUCCAACAGUACCAGCGGUCUCCGACCUACUUCGAUUAAUUCUGGGGAUGCUGCAAGCCAAAGCAGUAAUCUACUAAGUAAGUACAUGACAAGGACCUCACAGAACUCAAGCAAUAGUUCGAGUGCUCAUAAUCUAUAUGCCGUCAGCGGAAGCGGCUCACAACCAUCCAGUGCAUUGUUAACAUGGGCCUCAUCCUCCAUUCACCAGGACAUUAGCAGUCACUACCACCCAUCGUUAGGGUAA